AAGGGUAGAUGCCUGCUUGUCCCUGCAAACAGCUCCUCCAGCCUGCUGCGGUCUCUUUAAGAAAAAGACGACCGUACGCGGAUAUCUUGUUUCCAUUGGUUAAAAGUGUCAUUUUUAACUUUCCCCUUAACCAACAGCGUCGUGGCUCUCGCGAUGACGCGCCUGUUGCUAACGCUGGGCAGUGGGUUGAAGGAGUCCUGGAUGGCUUAGCUUUCCUUCUUGUAAGCCGGGGCUGAAUCAUGGAGGCCGUACUGCCUUCAAGGUGCAACCGGGAGGACGUUCCCGGAAAAGCGAGAGCGGAGAGGUUCGUGUCCGGCUUUCCUUCUGUGUGCGAACAAAAGACGGAGCAAGAGAAGCUGUCUGGCGUGGUGAAGAGAGUGCACCUGGAUCUGCGCAAGAAAUAUCGGAAAGCUGGAGACUUUGAGAAAAUCUGGCUGGAGCACUGUAAAGAUGAUGGAAGGUUGUGUGAAUAUGCUGUUGCAAUGAAAGCCUUGGCAGAUAAUCACUGGGCAAAGAAAUGUGAAGGGGAAGGCCGCAUUGAAUGGUGCCUCGGUGUUUGUCAAGAAUAUUUUUUCAACGGGGGAAAGAAGAAAGCAUUAGAAAAAGAUGCAAAAAGAGAUGCUUUAAAUAAGCUGCAGUCUUCAAGCCAUGCAGAAGCUGGAGUUUCUGAUUUCGGUGUUCCAAGUAUUAAACCCCUGAAUGAUGAAUAUAUGACUGGCAAGAUAAGAUUGCUUGAUGUUGGCAGCUGCUAUAAUCCCUUUUUGAAAUAUGAAGAUUUUUUGGCUGUUGGCAUUGAUAUUGUUCCUGCUGUUGAGACUGUUUUCAAGUGUGACUUCUUGAACCUGCAGAUUCAGAGGCCACUUCAGCUUGCACCAGAUGCAAUUGAUGCCUUUCUGAAACAACUAUCAAGUCCCAUUGAUUACUUACCCACUGAACUUUUCCAUGUUAUAGUCUUUUCAUUACUUCUUUCUUACUUUCCUUCACCUUACCAGCGCUGGAUUUGCUGUAAAAAGGCCCAUGAACUUCUUACUUUGAAUGGUUUGCUGCUCAUUAUAACACCAGAUUCUUCACAUCAAAAUCGACACGCUGUGAUGAUGAAGAGCUGGAAAAUUGCUAUUGAGUCUCUUGGCUUUAGACGCAUGACCUACUCCAAAUUUUCACACAUGCAUCUCAUGGCAUUUAGAAAAACUUCGCUAAAAACUACAAGUGAUUUGCUUACUAGGAAUUAUCCAGAUAUGCUUUACAUCCCUCAGGAUUUUAAUUAUGACGGAGAAGAGGAUCAUUUCAGCCCUUGCUGCGCCCGAUCAGAACUUGAAGAUGAACAACUUGCAUGUGGUUUUACAGAACUACCAGACACUCCAUACGACUCCGACUCUGGAGAGAGUCACAACAGCACAAUGCCUUUCUAUGAGUUUGAAGAUCCUAUACUUCUGCUAACAUAGGAUAACUCUCAAAGCCUUUGUGACUUGGAUGCCAAAAAGCCUCUAUCCUGGGGCAGAAAUCAAUCUAGAUAUUUUAAAGGGUUUAGAAGUCCUAAUUAUACCUUAACUGCACGUACACUGUAAUAAUAGUUAAAAGUUCCUGUUUGAGGUUUCAUGUUGCAAUAAAUAGGUUUGACCAGUUUUGUGA